GCCCCAGGCCUGGGGGAUCCGGCUGUCACCCCGUCCCGGGAGCCCGCGCGGACCGGGGAGUGGGGGGGGGGGCGGUUAUCCCUAGGCCUGACUCCGGCUCCCUCCGCCCCGCCCUAUCGUGCUCAGGGGGCCGUGCCCACCCUGGCCAGCAGCCAGAACCUGCAUCUCGGGGAUGCCCAGGUCUCCUAGAGGAGGCGCCGACGCUGUGUGUCCCCCCUUCCCCAGACGGCGAUGACCCCCAAGCCUGCCGGACCCCCGGACGGGGGCUGGGGCUGGGUGGUGGCCGCCGCAGCCUUCGCGGUGAAUGGGCUCUCCUACGGGCUGUUACGCUCGCUGGGCCUCGCCCUCCCUGACCUCGCGGAGCACUUUGACCGAAGCACUCAGGACACUGCGUGGGUCAGCGCCCUGGCCCUGGCGGUGCAGCAGGCAGCCAGCCCAGUGGGCAGCGCCCUGAGCACCCGCUGGGGGGCGCGCCCCGUGGUGAUGGUUGGGGGCGUCCUCACCUCGCUGGGCUUCGUCUUCUCCGCUUUCGCCCGCAGUCUGCUGCACCUCUACCUUGGCCUGGGCGUCCUUGCUGGCUCCGGCUGGGCCCUGGUGUUCGCCCCUGCCCUGGGAACCCUGUCCCGUUACUUCUCCCGCCGUCGAGUCUUGGCCGUGGGGUUGGCGCUCACGGGCAACGGGGCCUCCUCGCUGCUCCUGGCGCCCACCCUGCAGCUCCUCCUUGACACCUUCGGCUGGCGGGGCGCCCUGCUCGUCCUCGGCGCCAUCACCCUCCACCUCGCCCCCUGUGGCGCCCUGCUGCGACCCCUGGUGCUCCCUGGCGACCCCCCCGCGCCACCCCGCGGGCCCUUAGCUGCCCUCGGCCUGGGUCUCUUCGCGCGCCGGGCCUUCUCAGUUUUUGCUCUGGGCACAGCCCUGGUUGGGGGCGGCUACUUCGUCCCCUACGUGCACUUGGCCCCCCACGCUUUAGACCGGGGCCUGGGCGGGUAUGGGGCAGCGCUGGUGGUGGCCGUGGCUGCGGUGGGGGACGCGGGCGCGCGGCUGAUCAGCGGCUGGCUGGCGGACCAGGGCUGGGUGCCCCUCUCGCGGCUUCUGCUGGUGUUCGGGGCUCUGACCGGGCUGGGGGUGCUGGCCGUGGGACUGGUGCCCUUGGCGGGGAGCCAGGAGGGCUGCCGGGGGGGCCUGCUGGCCGCGGCUGGGGCCUACGGGCUGAGCGCCGGAAGCUACGCCCCCCUGGUUUUCGGUGUGCUCCCGGGGCUAGUGGGCGUCGGAGAUGUCGUACAGGCCACAGGGCUGGUGAUGAUGCUGAUGAGUCUGGGGGGGCUUCUGGGCCCUCCCCUGUCAGGCUUCCUAAGGGACGAGACUGGGGACUUCACCGCCUCCUUCCUCGCCUGCGGCUCUUUCAUUCUCUCCGGCAGCUUCAUCUACAUGGGGCUGCCGGGGGCGCUGCCCUCCUGCCCACCGGCCUCCCCCUCCCGGCAGGCCACCCCUCCUCCCGAGAGGGGGGAGCUGCUCCCGGUUCUUCCGGUCGCCCUGCUCUCCUCGGGAGGCCCUCGAUCCACUCUGGACACUACGUGUUGACCGUUUUGUUUGGGCCACUCCCCCAAUAAAGAAUUUCUAUCCGGU